CCUCCCCUCUACCUCCUCCCCUCUACUUCCUCCCCUCUACUUCCUCCCCUCUGUCUAGCACGUGGAUAUCGCCGCCCUGCUGAUCAAGUUCAACACCUGCGUCAACGCCACAGACAAGUGGGCGUUCACUCCCCUCCAUGAGGCGGCGCAGAAGGGGCGGACGCAGCUCUGCGCUCUGCUGCUGGCCCAUGGAGCCGACCCCACCAUGAAGAACCAGGAGGUGCAGACGCCGCUCGACUUAGCAACGGCUGAUGACAUCAGAGCGUUGUUGAUUGACGCCAUGCCUCCCGAUGCCCUGCCCAGCUGUUUGAAGCCCCAGGCCACUGUGGUGAGUGCUAGUGUGGGGGGUGCAGGUGCGGCAGGGGGCGUUUCUCCGUCUCCAUCCCCCUCCUGCCUGUCUGCUGCCAGCAGCCUCGACAACCUGACCACGUCCCUCAGUGACCUCACUGUGGGCGGGGCCACCGGACCAGCUGAUGGAGCGUCUGGGUCGGACAGGAAGGAAGGAGAAACUCUGCUCGAUAUGACCAUCAACCAGUUCCUGAAGAGCCUCGGGCUGGAACACCUCAGAGAAACCUUCCAGCGGGAACAGAUUUCGCUGGACGUGCUGGCAGACAUGGGUCACGAGGAGCUGAAGGAGAUUGGCAUCAACGCUUACGGUCACAGACACAAACUCAUCAAGGGCAUCGAGAGGCUGCUGGGAGGCCAGCAAGGUGCAAACCCGUACCUGACGUUCCACUGCUCCAGCCAGGGCACCGUGCUCAUCGACCUGGCAACGGACGACAAGGAGUUCCAGUCUGUGGAGGAAGAAGUACGAACACGCACUACCAUCACUACAUUCAUGAGUCUAUAGCAGUCUGGUCAUUGAAGUUCUGGUAAAGGAGACGUUGUCAACUCCUGCUCCUCUGACUACAUUUCCCUCUAAAUGAAAGCGGUAACUGAGGUAGACAGCAGACAUCACUCUGAAUGUUUGUGAAAUGAAUGAGCACCGUCAGAUGCUAACAGGUGAUUUAAAC